CCGGCCAUGCUCUUCCACAGCUUGGCCGGCUCGGAGAUGCACGGCGUUAUCGACGAGAUGGACCGGCGAGCCAAGGGCGACGCGCCCGCCAUCAGCUCGGCCAUCGACCGGGGCGAGACCGAGACGCACGCCAUGCCGUCCAUCAGCAGCGAGCGGGCCGCCCUGUGCGCCGGCUGCGGGGGCAAGAUUUCGGACCGCUACUACCUCCUGGCGGUGGACAAGCAGUGGCACAUGCGCUGCCUCAAGUGCUGUGAGUGCAAGCUCAACCUGGAGUCGGAGCUCACCUGCUUCAGCAAGGACGGCAGCAUCUACUGCAAGGAGGACUACUACAGGAGGUUUUCGGUCCAGCGCUGCGCGCGCUGCCACUUGGGCAUCUCCGCCUCGGAGAUGGUGAUGCGCGCCCGGGACUUGGUCUACCACUUGAACUGCUUCACUUGUUCGACGUGCGCCAAGAUGCUGACGACGGGCGACCACUUCGGCAUGAAGGACAACCUGGUCUAUUGCCGGCUGCACUUCGAGGCGUUGCUCCAGGGAGAGUACCAGCUGCACUUCAACCACGCCGAGGGAGCGGCGGGCAAAGGCCCUGCGCUGGGCGCCUCUGCCCCCCUAGGACUGCCCUACUACAACGGGGUGGGCACCGUGCAGAAGGGGCGGCCCCGGAAAAGGAAAAGCCCGGGACCCGGCGCCGAUCUGGCCGCUUACAAUGCAGCUCUGAGCUGCAAUGAGAAUGACGGGGACCACCUGGACCGCGACCAGCAAUACCCCAGCAAUCAGAAAACAAAGCGCAUGAGGACAUCUUUCAAACACCACCAGCUGCGGACAAUGAAGUCUUAUUUUGCUAUUAACCACAAUCCAGAUGCCAAGGACUUGAAACAGCUCGCUCAGAAAACGGGCUUGACCAAGAGAGUUCUCCAGGUCUGGUUUCAAAAUGCCCGAGCCAAAUUCAGACGGAACCUUUUACGUCAAGAGAACACGGGGGUGGACAAGACGUCUGACUCCACGCUGCAAGCCGGCACGCCGUCGGGCCCCGCCUCCGAAAUCUCCAAUGCCUCCAUGAGCCCUUCCAGCACUCCCACCACCUUAACGGACUUGACUAACCCCAGUAUGCCGUCUGUCACUUCUGUCUUGACGUCGGUGCCAGGGAGCCUGGAGGUUCACGAAUCCCGGAGCCCUUCACAGACGACUCUGACAAAUCUUUUCUGA